CACCCGUUUAGUUCUAAGGGAAAGACAAAACUCCGACUUAUAAUUUUUCUUUUGCAUACGGACCAGACACUGCUACUUUUUUUCUUCCUCAGACGAGAUGACAAAUGAAACCUCAUGCGCCUUACCUGGAAACCAUUUAUCUUCCUUGUGCAGUCCUGAAAUGAGGGAAAAGUUGGUGAAAUUCAUUUUUCACAAGAAGAAAUCAAAAAUUCCAGAACAAAAAAAUGAUAAACAAUUUUUUCGUACUAUGGUAGUCAAAAUCUGUCAGGUUAUAAAACAGAUUAUGCCCUUUAAGAAUCCAUUUUCUUUCCGGGCAGUGGACCUCACCUUCCAGCAAAAUCUGCAAGAACAUCACUUUGUGGAUGCAGGGAAGCAGCUGAUCGACCGAGAAAACCGUCUCUUUGUCCUGAAGCAAGAAGGGAUUGGAGCCAUGAAGAAGAAGCUGUUGGAGGAAGAAGAAGAUUCAGAGGCUAAACUGGUAAAGGAUUACGAUGAUUGGUUGAAGCUAGUGAUGGGGACGCUAGAAAAUUCCCUCAAACUCAACAGUGCAGAGGAACAGGAGAUACUGAAAGAAGCAGUGCAAGCAAUUCUUCAGGAGGAGGAACAGGACGUCCAGUGGGAGGGGUUUAAAGAAACUGAACGCCCACCAUGGAGGCCAAGACGUUGUAAACAGAAGCAUGAGGCCCUGCUGCAGACACUUGUUCAGAGUCGUAUGCAACAUGCACCAUUAGACUCAAGUGUUGAAGCACAUUCGUCUGUAAAGAAUUACAUAUUUUGUAAAGGAAAACAACUGAGGGAAGACUUGCUGAAAGUUGUGACGUGUGUGAGCAGCUGCUACCCAGAACAAGACAAUGUGUGCCAGCUUUACGCUACCCUGUACCAUAAGAGCUUCAGUGAUACGCUGAGAAAGGUGGCUAACUAUGGAUUGUGUGAUGAUGACUGCAUCGUUUUAUUGAGCUGGGUGAACAAUCAUUACCACUAUAUUUUAAAUGACAGCAGGAUAAAAGAAGUGAUAGAUUGCACACAGCUCGGUCCACUGCUUCCUGAAGAUAUCAUUAAUCCACUGGAACAGCAGUUUUUGACCACCAAUGAGAAUGAGUUGAGCACAUGGCUUCACGGUGCUCUGAACAGAGAAGAAUCCGCCUGGCAGGAGGGAAAAAUUGAACUGAUUGACCAGAAGUACUCCUGUCAUCUACAUAUUGAUGUUAUCCAGUGUUUUGAUAGCAGUGUAAGAUCUGCUCAAGAGGUUCUUGGUGAUGAGACAAAAGCUCGGAGGGUCAGUUGCCAGAUGAGCAACUUUUUGACCGAUUACAAAACGUUUCAUGAUAAGGUCAUCAAGGAGAAACAAACUAAUUCUGAGGCUGUUCUAAUGGCCAACCUCUGGUGCAUCUCACAGUUCAGGGACUACAUUAUAAGGAAAGCACAUCUGUUUCCUGAAGAGGUCAAAACAAACUGUCUAUCUUUGCUGAAUGCCAUGAGAGACAGCAGUCAUGCUUACUUCACAUAUCAUUUUCACAAGGACCUUAAGGAGUUGUACAAAAAGCUGGGUUCAUCUAAAUGGCUCAGAGACAGUGAGGGCAUAUGCGAAGAGCUGCUUGCAAAAGUCGAGGAACAUAUACAGAAAUUCAAGCACUUGCACGAUAGGUGUUGCCAGGAGCUGAUAGGUGACCUGCAUAAAGGGUUUUUGGCUGAAUACGUUCGGAAAAUGAUGAAGAACAAAAUCAGAUUUGCAGAUAAAGAAAAGCAAGAGAAGGCUGCAGAGGCGGUUUGCAAAAACAGCGACAGCAUACACGCACGUCUAACCGCAGGCGGUUCAAACAUGGAUUGGUUAAAAGAUAUUCUUCCCAAAUUAGCUGGGCUCCUGAAGCUUCAGCAUCCAGACAGUAUAAAGUUAGAGCUGUGUGAUCUAUUGAGAGAUUACCCUGACUUCAGUAAACAUCAUGUCACUGCAUGGCUGAGCCUCAAGUCAAAUCUUUCUGCAUCAGAACUGAAACAAAUCUUAAAUAGCGUGACUAUCAGCCUGAAUCAACUCAAAGAAGAGCAGGAGUCAAUCCAGUGUAGCAAGAAUUUCUUUUCCUUUGUUAGGAUUAAAUAAAUUAUAUAACUUGUAAAAGCUACCGCAGUGCUGUAAUCUACUGAAAGCAUUCCUGCUUGUGCAUGAAUUAACAACAUGGGUUCAGUUUUCAAAGAAUUACAUCCCAUGCUAAUCAGAUAUAGAAACUUGAAUUUACUGUAAAUUGGUUCAGAUGAAAGUGAUUAUAAGGAUGAUUAUGCACCCAAUGCAUUAAAAAAUACCCUGCACUCCCAUAUUGAUUUAUAAUGUGAAUUAUGAAAUAAAAUCUUUCUGUAUUUUUUGCUAA